AUAACCAGACACAGUCCUAGAAUCCUAUGACGCUCUGGCCACUAUAUAAGCAGAGACCAGGAGCUUGUUCGUCCUCUGUGCACCUGGAGAGACGACACCUUGAUCUACCCUGCGGCUGGUCAUCAUCAGAAAAGCUAAGUUUGCUACACAAUAAGGAUCAGGAGAUCUGACCCUGGUUGCAGAACCAUUCCUGUUUGCAGAAUACAGGGUUGUAUUCCCACUUCAUCUUUCCAGACCAUCCUAGGAGAUCUGUCAGAUUCCAUCUGGGAAAUUACUAGGAGUCCUUGGAAGGGAAAGAAGGAAGAUUGUUGGUUGGAAUAAAAACAGGGUUGAAUGAGUUCCAGAAAGCAGGCUUCUCAAACUCGUGGACAACAAUCUGCUGAAGAAGACAACUUUAAGAAGCCAACUCGAAGCAACAUGCAGAGAAGUAAGAUGAGGGGAGCUGCCUCAGGAAAGAAGUCGGCUGGUUCACAGCCAAAGAAUCUUGAACCAGCCCUCCCAGGAAGAUGGGGCAGCGAAGUGCCCCAGCCCCCCCGGAAGAAACGGGCACGGGCUGACCCCACUGUGGAGAGUGAGGAAGCAUUCAAGAAUAGAAUGGAAGUGAAAGUGAAGAUUCCCGAAGAGCUAAAACCAUGGCUGGUGGAGGACUGGGACUUGGUUACCAGGCAGAAGCAGUUGUUCCAGCUCCCUGCUAAAAAGAAUGUAGAUGCCAUUCUUGAGGAGUAUGCCAAUUGUAAGAAAUCACAGGGAAACGUUGAUAAUAAGGAGUAUGCGGUUAAUGAAGUUGUGGGAGGGAUAAAAGAGUAUUUCAAUGUGAUGCUGGGCACUCAGCUGCUCUACAAGUUUGAGCGGCCCCAAUAUGCCGAAAUCCUUCUGGCACACCCAGAUGCGCCAAUGUCGCAGAUCUAUGGGGCGCCACACCUACUGAGAUUAUUUGUGAGAAUUGGGGCAAUGUUGGCCUAUACGCCCCUUGAUGAGAAAAGCCUGGCAUUAUUGUUGGGCUAUUUGCAUGAUUUCCUUAAAUAUCUGGCAAAGAAUUCUGCCUCUCUGUUCACUGCCAGUGAUUACAAAGUGGCUUCUGCUGACUACCAUCGCAAAGCCCUGUGAAGGUCUACUGACCACUCACUAUCGUCUGGUAUCUGUAAACACUUCUGUUUAGUCCUUUCAUUGUAUAAUUGAUGUUCUUUACAACUGUCGAUGUAAAACAGGGCUUAUGUUUCAGUUUGUUUCCUGUUCUGUUGUAAACAGAAAAUAAAAGGAGUGCCCAGCUCCUUUCCUCAUUUCAAAGUUGCUACCAGUGUAUGCAGUAAUUAGACAAAGAAGAAAUUCAGUAGAACAUUUUAUUGCCUAGUUGACAACAUUGCUUGAAUGCUGGUGGUUCUAUCCCUUUGACACUACACGGUUUUCUAAUAUGUGUUAAUGAAAAGUGAGAAGAUGCCCUGGUUCCUAGUGCCAAAGGUUCAACUUAAUGUAUAUACCUGAAAUCCCAUGCAUUUGUGCUCUUUUUUUUUUAUGGUGCUUGACGUAAACAGCCCAUCCUCUGCAAGUCCAUCUUGUUCCUUAGGCAUUCAUUCUAUCUUUGCUCAAAUUGUUGAAGGAUGGUGAUUUGUUUCUUGGUUUUUGUAUUUGAGUCUCAUGCACGUUCUAACAUGAUAGAGGCAAUGCAUUAUUGUGUAGCCACAGUUUUCUGAAAAGUUGAUAUUUUAGGAAUUGUAUUUCAGAUCUUAAAUAAAACUUGUUUCUAAAUUUCAAAGCAAAA